AUGGGCAACGAAGAGUCCACCAUGCUGGACGACAGCGUCCAGCCCAAGACGCUGCAGGCGCGCACCCUCGACGCCAUCGCCGACUACAUCAAGUCCGGCCAAGUCAAGAAGAUCGCCGUCAUGACGGGAGCCGGCAUCUCCACCGCUGCAGGCAUCCCUGACUUCAGAUCCCCUGGCACCGGUCUCUACGCCAACCUUGCUCGCCUGAACCUCCCCUACGCCGAGGCCGUCUUCGACAUAUCGUACUUCCGCAAGCACCCCGAGCCCUUCUACUACCUCGCCAAGGAGCUCUACCCGGGCAAAUUCUACCCUACCGUCUCCCACGUCUUCAUCGCCCUGCUUGCCAAGAAGGGCCUGCUGCAGAUGAACUUCACCCAGAACAUCGACUGCCUCGAGCGCCGCGCCGGCGUCCCCGACGACAAGAUCAUAGAGGCCCACGGCAGCUUCGCCACCCAGCGCUGCAUCGAGUGCGCCACCCCCUUCCCUGCCGAACGCAUGCAGCAGCACGUCCAGGACGAGGUCGUGCCCAAGUGCGCCACUUGCGACGGCCUCGUGAAGCCCGACAUUGUCUUCUUCGGCGAGGCCCUGCCCGAGGCCUUCCGGGACAACACCCACCUGCCCGCCAUGGCCGAUCUGAUCAUGGUUCUCGGCACCAGUCUCUCGGUCUACCCCUUCGCCGGUCUGGCGGAGGCUUCGCGGUCCGGGGUCCCCCGCUUGCUGUUGAACAGGGAGCGCGUGGGACAGAUGGGCCGGAGAGCCGACGACGUCGUGGAGCUGGGUGCGUGCGAUGCCGGCGUACGCAAGCUCGCCGCUCUUCUCGGCUGGGCCGACGAGCUCGAGGAACUCUGGCGCGGCAUUGUUGGUGAGAAGGAGGCCGAGAGGCAGCUGGCGUCCGCCGCGGACGAGGGCGAGGACGAUCUCGAGGAGGAGAUCCGUAGGGUCACCGAGGGCGUUGAUACGGCCCUGAGGCUGGACGAUGACGACGGAGAACCCGCCGACAAGGCCGCCGAGAAGCCCGCGGAAGAAUCGGAGGAAGUGGGAUUCUCGUUGAGGCCAGACGGCGGAAGCGACACCGAGGAUGCGCAGAGCAGCAUCCCCAAAGGUGUUGUCUCGAGGAUGUCCAAGGCUCUACAGGGCGAGGCCGAGAUCGGCACCGACAUCAAGGACGACCGGGGCCGCGAGGGAAGGACCGUCAACGGCUCCGAGGGCGCCCCCAAGGACGCCCUGGACUUCCGCGUCGAGGCCAAGAAGAAGAUCCAGCUCGCCGUCCAGGGCAUGGCCACCCCGCUCGACGAGGUCGCUAUCGUCUUUGACUCCCAGGCGCCCGUCGCUGAGAUCAAGGACGACGACCCCAAGACUCAGGACCCCCUCACCGGCGUGUCGCGGUAUGAGCAGACGCCCGCUCCGGGCACGGAUGUCGACGCCGAGGGCUACGUCCCUCCCUCGAAGGAAGGGGGCUCCGGCCCUGAACCCGAAUCCAGCACGGCCCCCUCGACGACCACCCGAACCGAGACACCAUCAGAGAAGAAGGAGGAGGGCUCACCGCCAGGCAGCACAAAGUUAUGA